AGAAAGACAGAAAGACAGCAGUAAAUAUCAAACAUGGCAGACAGUGACACAUCUGCCGAUACUCACAAACGCAAUAUUCAUCACGAGCUGCUCAGUCCAUCAGAGCUGUUUCAGGCGAGAUCCCGAAGCCAUAAGAUCCCAUUGAAGGGCCAGAAAGACUUUCUUCCCAGUGGAUCAGAGCAGCAGAGAGCACGACUGCAGCAGAGUCUGGACGAGCACUGGACACUGCUGGCAGAGGAGCGAGUUGAGAGACUAGGGAAUCUAGUAAAAGCUGCGUGGAUCCCUGAGGAACGAUUAGUAGAAUUGCAGUCACCAGCAGGGAAGUUUUGGCAGACGAUGGGUUUUUCAGACAGAGGCAAACAGUACCUGCAUCCAGAAGAGGCUCUUUACCUUAUGGAAUGUGGCAAUGUACAGGUGUUUUACCGGGAUCUUCCUCUGUCCAUUCAGGAGGGCUAUGAAUGCUUUCUUUCUUGUGACACCAUCACUCUUCACCAGUAUCAGGUUUUUGGACAUUUGAAAAGGCUUGGGUAUGUUGUGAACAGAUUUGACCCCAGUUCAGUCCCAUCCCAUUAUGAGAGACAGCUGAACCUGCCAGCAUCAUGUGACAAACACAGACAGCAGCUGAAAAGGAAGCGCUGUCAGAGUCCUGUCUCCAGUGAAAAAGGUAGCAUGUCGUCAAUGGAGAAGACAACGGCUGAACAUCAGAAUGAUGAGCAGUUUGCAGUUCAGACAACUCCAGAUCAGCAUCAGGAGGAGCCCAUGCAGUCAGCACAAAAUCCAGCUCCACAUGAAACCUCUGAAAGGACAUGGUGGAUGGAAGGGGACAUUCAGUCUCCACCUGCUCUAGCCCAAACCUCAGCUUGUCGCUGGGACUUCAGCUCCAUCUCUUUCCCAGACCUGGGCUCUUCUAGGAGCUGCUCGGUCCACCUGGCGUCUCCAGACCCGAGCCUGCUGCCAGGAGCUCUUGAGGUGGGCGAGUGUGAUGUGGCUCCGUGGCUGAGGAGGCUCAACAUGAAGGAGGAAAGGCUGUCACGCCGAGACAUAGAGCGGCAGAGAGAGAGGGAUCGAUACCACAAGGAUAUUAACAGUGACCGAGAGGUGCAGCGCUGCAGGAACUGGGUGGAGUAUUCUCAGCUACUGGAGAAGAGGAGGAGUCAGCAGCAGAGAGAACGACCUGCCCACCUGUGGGAGAGGGAGGUGACGCCUCUAACUCAGCCUGGACAGUGCAACUCACACCGUGAACUGCUGGACCAGAUUAGCAUUAUCAAGUCUUCCAGCUGGCUUGAAAUGACUCAGUCAGACCAGUGGAAGAUUAGUUUUAAUGUUUACCAACCAGACACGGUAGCAGAGUUUAAAAAGAGCAACCCUGGCAAGCCCUACACCCACAUGUGUGUUUGCAGUUUUGAUGGCCCUGUGCCGGAUCUACUUGUCAUGAAGCAGCUGUCCUUUCAAAGUGGAGAAGUCCCAGUGACUUUUGCUGUGGUGGACCAUGGAGACAUCUCCUUUUACUGCUUCAAGGAAUUCAAACUGCCUACUGAUGUGUAUUGAAGGAUGGUUUCUAAAGCAUUAAAUUUGGAAUGUAGUCUUUGGGACUGAAUGCACCUCGUAUCUCAGAUGAACUGUAUCUGAUCAAAUAAAUGUGCAUCUCAGGGUAUUAACUGAAUUUUAAUGGAGGAGUGAUGGUAAUCUGUCAUGCUCAAGUUAUGCCAAUAGUAUUAUCACCAGCAUUUAUGUCAUCAUACAGUGUUUAAUGUUUGGAUGUAAAAAAAAAAAAUUAAAAAAAUGCAAAAAUAUCAGCCUAGAUAAAUCAGCUCAUUAUUUUUUGUGACCAGUGUUUAUAAUUCAUCCAGUCAAGCCAGACUGUGUACAGAGACCAUCUCUACAGGUUAAAUGAAUGCUUUAUUAAACUGCAGCUUUCAAGGAGCAUCUUGGUAUUCCCAAGAAAGAGUUUUGUUUCUAUGGACAUAUGUGUACUCCAUAUUGGAAGUACUGUCUGCCAUCCUGUACGUUCAAAUGAUUGAAGUUUGGUACUGGAUUGUAAUAAACACUGGAUAGUUCACCCAAAAAUGAAAA